GGCCAAAGCCUCACGCCCGCCCGGGGCUCGGUCAUUUUUAAAAGGAUCUUCACGGCUCAUCAGAAGAGGACUAAGAACGAAAACGUUUAGCUGGCCGGCUUUGGGUGCCUGAUAGAAAAAGAAUUAAGUUUUCGGGAGAAACAAUCCUGGAGGAAAAGUGCACCUGCAAUAUGAGUGAACAAGUACCUCUACCUGAAAAGAUCCAGGACUGGACCAAAGAACACGUGGAAAAAUGGGUCACCGAAGCCCUGAAGAUUGAUGACAAAUAUGGACACAUUCUGCUCAGAGAAGAAGUGACAGGAUUGGUUCUACAGGAAUUAACUGAGAAGGACUUGAGAGAUAUGGGAUUACCAAAGGGCCCAGCACUUUUGAUAAAGCGUGCGUUUAACAAAUUGAAUAACAGUUCCUCUGAAAGUCAUAAUCAGGAAUCUGGGCAAUUUGAUCAUACAAAACCCUCUAAAAAAGAGCACACAAAAAAGUCACAAGAGACAAAAAAGAAAAAGUCAGUAUCAAGUGAUAUUGAUCAUGACCUCACUGAGAGUGGAGGUACCAAAGAACAAGAAUCCAUUCCUAUGAAAGAAAAGGCAACCAAUGUAGUAGCAGGUACUGACGGCAAAACUAAGAAUGAGGUAAAAAUUGAACAGGUAACUUGCAUGCCGUACCCUUUUGAUCAAUUCCAUGACAGCCAACGAUAUACAGUGCAUUGCAUUCUCCCGCCUGAAACCGGCCCACUCAAUCUCAUUGACCCAGUUCAUGAGUACAAAGCCUUGACAAAUACAGACACAGCCACAGAAAAGGACAUGCUCAUGAAAUUUAGUAAUGAAGUCUUCCGAUUUGCAUCAGCUUGUAUGAACUCACGGACAAAUGGUACCAUCCACUUUGGAGUCCAGGAUAAACCCCAUGGGGAAAUAGUUGGUGUGAGAGUCACCAGGAAGGAUGCCUUCAUUGACCAUUUCAAUGGAAUGAUCAAGCAGUAUUUUGAAGAGAGUCAUAUCAAGGAAGCCAAAAAGUGCAUUCGGGAGCCCAGGUUUGUGGAAGUCCUCCAGCAGAACAAUACACUAUCUGACAAAUUUGUCAUUGAAGUAGAUGUUAUUCCAAGACACUCAGUUUGUAAAGAGAAGUAUUUCUACAUUACGAUGCAAAAUUGUAAGGACGGACCGUGGAGACCAAACAAAGAGCAUUCCCUCUUUGUGAGAGAAGGGGCAAGCUCCAAAGAUGUUCUCGCCAACAUCAAGCAACGGGAUGCAGACUUUAACGCAUUUAUGAGAAAUCUGAAGUCACUGGCAGCAUGCAGACGAGAAGCAGAAGAAGAGUAUGGAGUGAAAGCAAACGUAAAGGAGAGUGAAGGGCUAAAACUAGUUAAACUUCUCAUCGGAAGCCGAGACUCACUAGAUAAUUCGUACUAUGACUGGUACAUUCUUGUCACAAAUAAAUGCCAUCCAAACCAAAGAAAGCACUUCGAUUUCCUAAAAGAAAUGAAACUGUUUGCGGUGUUGGAGUUUGAUCCCGAGUCCGAGAGCACUGGGGUGGUCAAAGCUUACAGGGAACGCAGAGUCGCGAAUCUGCACUUUCCAAAUCAGUACGAAAGAAAGACAACGACAACGAGAGAGAUGAUAUCGAUUCUGAACCUUUACGAACAGCCCAGCUGGAUCUUCUGCAAUGGAAGGUCAGACUUGAACAACGAGUCCUACAAACCGCUUGAACCCCACUUAUGGCAGAGGGAACGAGCUUCUGAAGUCCGGAAAGUGAUUUCAUUUCUCACCGAUGAAGACAUCAUGACCAAGGGGAAAUUCCUGGUGCUCUUUCUAUUACUCUCUCCUGUGGAAAGCCCGGGGGACCCUCUCAUUGAAACGUUCUGUGCUUUCUACCAAGCACUCAAAGGGAUGGACAACAUACUGUGCAUCUGUGUAAACACACAGAUUUAUCAGCGAUGGAGAGACCAACUGCGAACAAGAUUGACCAUCGCAGAUGAACUAACAAACCACAGUAUUUCUACCUUAAAUUUAGAACAGAUAAACAGUACUAUUCUUAAGCGAAAAUCAGUGAUUCAGUCUUCCAAAAGGUUCCUGCCUUCCCGCGGGUCAUCCUCGGUCAUCCUGGAGAAAAAGGAGGAGGACAUCUUGACGGCACUAGAAAUCCUCUGUGAGAAUGAGUGUAAGGACACGGCCAUCGAGAAAGAUGGAGCCAAAUUCCUAGAAUUUAGGAAAUCCAGAGAAGAACACUUUUAUCGAGGCGGCAAAGUAUCCUGGUGGAACUUUUAUUUUUCUUCCGAAAGUUAUUCUUCCGCUUUUGUCAAAAGGGACUGUUACGGAGACCUUAAGGAACUGAUACAGUCGUGGACAGAGUCUCCUAAACCAGUAUUUGCAAAAAUCAUCAAUCUUUAUCAUCACCCGGGCUGUGGGGGGACCACCUUAGCAAUGCAUGUUCUCUGGGACCUAAAGGAAAAGUUCCGAUGUGCUGUGUUAAAAAAUAAAGCAACUGAUUUUGCAGAGGUGGGAGAACAAGUGAUCAAUCUGAUCACGUAUAAGGCGCCCAGCCAUCAUGAAUACAUCCCUGUACUUCUCCUUGUGGAUGACUUUGAAGAACUAGAGAACAUCUACAUUCUACAGAACGCCAUCCACUCUGGUUUAGCCGAGAAAGGUUUGCGAUACGAAAAAACACUGGUAAUCAUCUUAAACUGCAUGAGGUCCCAGAAUCCUGAGAAAAGUGCAAAAUUACCAGACAGUGUUGCACUGAAACACCAACUUUCUUCCAAGGAACAAAGAGCAUUCGAGGCCAAGCUGGAGGAAAUAGAAAACCAACACAAGAACUGUGAGAACUUUUAUUCCUUCAUGAUCAUGAAGAAGAACUUUGAUGAGACAUAUGUGGAAAAGGUAGUCAAGAAUAUCCUGAAAGGGCAGACUGUCCCCAGCAAGGAAGCGACACUCAUUUCGUUCCUGGCUCUGCUUAACUCUUAUGUUAUUGAUUCUACAAUUUCAAUGUCAAAGUGUGAACAGUUUUUGGGGAUAGCAUGUACGAGGAGGACCCCCUGGGCACCGGACACCCUGGAAGACAAGAUGGGAACCUACUGGACACUUCUAAUAAAAACAGAAGUUGCAGACUUUGGGAGAUACACAGGGGUGCGCGUCAUUCAUCCCCUGAUUGCCAAAGGGUGUCUAAAAGAACUGGAAAACAGCUAUAACUUGGAUCAAAGUCAAAUCGCACUGGAGCUAUUGCAAGAAGAUUUAUUCUAUGUUUCAGGAAUAGGUAGAGACAAAUUUCACCAUGAUGUGCAAACCCUUCUGCUAACAAGACAGCGCAAGGAGUACGGUGAUGAAACAGACACUCAGUUUUCCCCGUUAAUUGAAGCCUUGCCGAACAGAAAAAUCGAAGCUGUCUUGACAGCAGGGACUAAGCAAUUCCCCCAGAAUGCUAUGGUUUGCCAAGCCUUGGCUAGAUAUUUCUACAUCAAAGAUAAGAACUUCAACACUGCUUUGGAGUGGGCACAUAAAGCCAAAAUGAUAGCACCUACAAAUUCCUAUAUCUCAGACACGGUCGGUCAAGUGUACAAAAAUAAAAUAAAAUGGUGGUUAGAUGAAAACAAAACCUGUAGGAACAUUUCAGUUCGUGAGCUAGCACAGUCCCUGGAAGCAGCUGAAAAAGCCGCAAGAGCUUUCAAAGAAUCCCAGCAACAAACCGAUAGUAAAAACAACGAAACAGAGGCCUGGUCACUACAGAAGUCCCAAAGAAAAUAUGACAUGUAUAACACGGCUGGUUUCCUGGGUGAAAUAGAAGUUGGUCUUUACACUAUCCAGAUUCUUCAACUCACUCCCCUUUUCAAUGCAGGAAACGAAUUCUCUAAGAGACCAGUGGAACAGCUUUUAUCAGAAAUAGAAAAUAGCCCUACGAAUACAAAAGAUGAAUAUUAUUUGACGCUGAGGAAUUUCACGUCCUACCUAAGCAAUUUACAAUUUGAUUUAAAAAGAUGCUUUGACUUUUUUGUUGAUUACAUGGUUCUUCUAAAAACAAGGAAUAUCCAAAAAGAAAUUACAGAAAUCACAUUAAACAAGAAAGUCAGCCGUUGUUUCAAGAAGUACAGGGAACUUUUCUGCCAUUUGGACUUGGAUCCAUCACAAAGCAAAGAGUUUCUACGAGAGGAGGAUUGCAGGAGAUGUCUAGAAGCUUGGAGAGCAGACAGGUUUUCUGGACUCCUGGACUAUCUUACCCCAAACCACAAAGAUGCUGCAAACACAAUGGAGGACAUCGUGAACAAAUACAGCUUCCUACUUAAGCAAAACCCAAAUAAGAGGCUGACAAAGGAGAAGCAAAAUUUCAUCUUGGCAAACAUUAUCCUCAGUUGUCUGAAACCCAACUCCAAAUACAUUCAACCAUUUAACACGCUGAAGAAACAGCUCCGAGAAAUCUUGCAAUCGAUAGAACCCACGCAUCAGUAUCCAGACCCUUACUUCUUAGCCUGCCUCCUGUUCUGGCCAGAAAAUCAGGAGCUAGAUCACGACUCCAAACAAAUGGAAACCUAUGUGUCGUCGUUAAACAGGUCCUUUGGCCGGUAUUACAGACCUAUGUGUCGAUCCAAGCAGGCCAGCACCCUGUUCUACCUGGGGAGGGGCAAGGGGCUGAACAGCAUUGUUCACAAAGCUGAGAUAGAACAGUACUUCAGUAAGGAGGAAAAUACAAAUUCCCUUUGGCACAGUGGUGUUGUGUGGAAAAACCGGGCAGUCCAAAUCAUUUUGCGUCGUCUAGUUGGUCAGGCUAUUGGCAAGCUAAUCUUUAUAGAAUAUGGAACAAAGGAAAAAGUGAAAAUACCAGUGGUAUCUGUUUACUCAAAUCCACUCAGAAGUGGUGGGAACAUAGAGAAUGUGUCCUUCUACCUAGGAUUUUCCAUAGAAGGCCCUCUGGCAUAUGACAUAGAAGUUAUUAAGAUAUAAUCACUUGAAUACAUUCAUGCAUGUGUGGUUUCAUGUCAGCUUGGCCGAACCAGGAUUCUCCCAUGAUGUAAUCAAUCCAUGUUGGGCUCUGCUGUGAGCCAAGCAGUGAUAUCUCCUCAGGGGUGUAUAGUUUCUCUUCUUCCCGACGGCCUCGAUCUUGCAUGUGCCUCAUCAAUAUCUGGUUCUUGAGCUAAUGGCCCACCACAUUGCCUGCCGCCACGGCUGGGAGCUAUCAACAGACUGUCAUGUUGCUUGCUGAUCCCGGGAGCCAUCAGAGUCUCUCAAUCUUAGAUUCAUUUGACUUUUCCAGCCACCAGCCUGAUCUGGCAUCCACCAGUCUGUGGUUUUCCUGCCUCAUUAUCCUUUCUUCCUGAACUGUUGGCUCCAGCACCUGUAUGGUUUAGGAAGACCCUUAACUGAGCUUAACAUCUGACUUAUGAACUUGAACCAGACAGGACUCACCUCACUGUGUGAGCCAUUUUUCUUGAUAUAAGUUUUUCUUUUUAUAUAUCCAUAUACACAUCACUGGGGUUCCUUUUCUAUAGAAUCCAACGUAGCAUCAUGUCUUUCUAUGACUCUAUGCCCCACUUUUUAUUUGCAGGGCAUUUUGAUGGCAAUAUUAGCAUAAGACUGAAAAUUAUGUCACUAUUGGAUUCUGCUUUUGUCUCUCUGAUCACAUUCUGUGAUCCUUAGGUUUUUGGUGCCAACAUGUCUCCCAGUAGGAACAGGUGGGUGGAGUUUA